AAGAACAACAAAGGAAAUACGAAAUUGUUAUAUGAUAACAUUAUCUUCCUGCAUAUCCGAGAGAUUAGCCGCGUCCAGGGGACUUUAUUUUUAGGUUACCAAAAAAAUGUUAUAAUGCUCAUGUAAAUAAAUAAACUUUCAAAUGUUUUUUUGUCUAACUGUUAAACUUUAAGAAAUUUCACAGCAAUGGAGGUUAACAGUUAAAUUUCUUUGUUCAAAAUAGUUUUUUUCCUUAGAUGUAAUGUAACUAAUAAGAAAUUUUAUCCACGCUAAGUAAUCUAGAUCUCGACCCGAUUAAUCUAGUGGUAAAAUUUAGUGUUAAGUAAUCUAGAUUCGAAAACAUCCCACUAUAUUAUAUUGUUUGACUAUGUGGAUAUGGACUCAUUAAUUACGGUUCAUUUGAAUAUCCAGAAAAAAUCUAUUGUUGGACCGUAUCUCUUAUUGAAAAUUAAUCUUGACCGUUCUAUUGGACGGGUAUAUAACAAUAAUUAUAUAAGUUUCGCUAUUAAUUGUCUAAAUUAAGACCCAAAAAAAAACUUAGACUCCUGUUUUGUCUUAACUCUCAAGUAAAACUAAUUUUCUACCAAGCAAAAUAAAUCUGACAAAAAGAAAAUCAUUCAAAAGGGAAACAUACCAUAAACAGACUCUGGUGUAAUUAAUUACUCUGUCAAAAAAAACUAGAAAGAAAAACCAUAAAAGGAAACUGUAAGUCUGUAACAUUCCAAACAAAUCACCAACGAUACAACAGAGAACCAUAAUACUGAUUUUUUCCCCUCAAAUCUCUCCUUCAAAUAUAUUUUUCUUGUUGCUUCUGUCUCUCUUGUAUUUGUUUUCUUUUUGUGUUUCUUUUAGCGAUGAAUAGCCUCAAUGAAGCCAAGACCAUGACGGAAACUUCAGGCUCAAGUAACUCUGUCUUGUGUCUAGCAAACCCCAUGGAGCAGCCUCACGUGUCCACGACCACAAGAAGUGUCUUGUCCAACACAAAAUACAAAGGUGUUGUUCAACAACCGAACGGUCACUGGGGCGCUCAGAUAUACUCUGAGCAUCGAAGGAUCUGGCUUGGAACGUUCAAGUCCGCCGCUGAAGCCGCUGCUUCUUACGAUAGCGCAUCUAUCAAACUCCGAGGUAUUGAUGCUAACUCGUACCGGAACUUCCCUUGGUGUGAAAUCACAACCCAUGAACCGGCCUUUCAAGCCAACUACACAACAGAAGCUGUGCUGAACAUGAUCAAAGACUGUUCUUACCAACACAAGUUCAUGGAGUAUCUCAGAAGAAGAUCUCAGCUGGUGGACUUCGCCAACAUCAACAUCGUGGCGGCGGCAUCAAAACAGAGCCGAGGAGGGAGAGGAGUGCAAGAGCCUUUCUCUUGCACGCCGCUUUUUAGCAAGGAACUGACGCCGAGCGAUGUUGGGAAACUCAACAGGCUUGUGAUACCAAAGAAGCAUGCGGUGAAGCAUUUGCCAUUCAUAAGCGACGGUCAGAAAGAGAGGGAAGAAGGCGAAAUAGGAGGAGCUCUAGACGACGUUGAGGUUGUGUUUUAUGACAGGGCGAUGAGACAAUGGAAGUUUAGGUAUUGCUACUGGAGAAGUAGCCAGAGCUUUGUCUUCACCAGAGGAUGGAAUGGUUUCGUCAGGGAGAAGAGACUCAAGGAGAAAGAUGCGAUAGUCUUUUACCAUUGUGAUGUCCCGACCAAUGUUAUGACAUUACAAGGUCAAAACAACAGCUUCUUGAUGAUUGAUGUUGAUUACUUUACUGACAAGGGUCCCGUGGCUCCCAAGGAAGUAGACAAGAUGGUUCACAACACUUCCGAGGAAGAAAUGAAAACAGAAACCAAAGGAGGGUUUAUGCUGUUUGGUGUUAGGAUUCAAUAGCUAUUUUCAUAUUAGGUGAUUUUUAUAUUUUAAAAAAAAAACUUAACUAGAGUAUGGUUUUGAUUUGUAUUAAGUAGCCUUAAGAUUUGCAAACUUGGGAUUUGAUUUUGAUUUUGAUAUUUGACAUUAAUUA